CACUUCUUUUUUGUUUUCUUUCAACAAUAUGAAAUCCAUAGACCAACAACUAGAACAAUUACGUCCUUUGCCUACAGAGUUUUUCCCUUCACCUGAGCCUGGUUUACCUAGUUCACCUACUGCUGAAGCAAAUUCAUCUUCAGUGCCUCCUCCCGAACACCAUCAUCGACAUAGAGACAAGAGAGUGAUUGCGAUUGCUUAUGAUCAAUCGAAUUAUGCAGAUGCCAUGAUAUCCAAAGCCAUUCGUCUUAGUUUAAUAAGGCCUACGGACGAUAUCCGCCUUGUUCACAUCAUUGAUCAAUCUGAUUACCGAAACUUGUUUACACCUUUACUCUCGGGUAGUAAGACAUCAACGCGUGGGUAUGAUGAUGAACCGAAUCCUACUCUAGAUAGUGUAUCUUCUGCUAUGAUUUGGGAAGUCGUGAAUGCAUUAAGGAAAUUGGGUUUUAAACAUGUCUCUUCAGAAGUAUUGCGUGGUGAUCCAAAACAAUCUAUUACAGACUAUUGUCGUAUGGUGAAGCCUGUUUAUUUGUUAUCGGGCACAAGAGGCUUUGGUGCUAUCAAAAGAACUGUGAUGGGAUCUGUUUCUAAUUUCUUGACGCACCAUUGUCCUUGUCCUGUCUUGGUGAUCAAACUUGAUCCACAAGAAAUCGAAGCUCGUAAAGAACUAAACGAAAAGAAGCAAACGAAUUUCGCGGAAGUCUAUGAUGUGUUCAGUGCAAGCCAUCCUCAAAAGUAAAAAUAAUCUAAUAGCAAACUAUUCAUGUAAUUUCUGAGCAGCCACACCAUUCAUGCACGUUUGAGCGCCUGAAGUGGUUGCAUCUUGUACAAGUAAUUUAAUAAACUUCUGCUGUUCUUCAGCUGUUGCUAAUCCUAUUUUUGGACCCACAACAGGCAUCAUACUCUUGACAGUUUGUUUCCAAUCCCAAAGAAACUUUUUUGCAGUAGCCGUGUUAGAAGCUAUUGACUGAUAAGUUUAACAGACUCUCUCUAUGUGAAGAUAUGUUUACCCAUAUCUACUGAGCGAUAAUCUGUCUGAACAACCUUGAUAUUGUCAUUCGCAGCUAACAAAGAGUCUAGCUUAAUUGCAAUACGAGGAUCUUGACCUCUGGCAGCACAUGCAAUAUGGACUAAUCCAUGGUUAAAUUCUUUUUUUUUCUUUGCUUAAACUUACCCGAUUGAUUGAUUUUUAAAAUAUUAUGGCUAUUGCCUGU